AUGGGAGGAGGUGAACAAGACGAGAAACAUGAGGAUGAAGAAGUUGAUCAUGAGAAAAAGGAUAAGAAGAAGAAUAAAAAGGAAAAGAAAGAGAAAGACCAAGAAGAUGAGCAUGGUGAUGAAGAAAACUCUAAGGAGAAGAGUAAGAAGGAUAAGAAGAAGGAUAAGAACAAAGAAGAGAAAAACCCUGAAGAUAAGAAAGAUCCUGCCAAACUGAGGCAAAAGCUUGAGAAACUUGAGUCCAAGAUGCAAGCUUUGGUGGCUAAGAGAGAUGAACUCUUGAAGCUUCUUAAUGAUGUUGAACAAGGUUCCACCAAUGAAGCCAUUACUGAAACUGAUACAUCUUAA